UAUUGUUGCUGAGAUAUGUGUAUCACAGUGAACUGUAUUUUCUGAGAUACUGUUAUCUCUUUCUAUUUUUGUUUAUUUGCUGAGAUAGCAUUAUAUCUAUUUCUUUGUUCUGGUAGAUACUGAGACUGUUUUUGUUGAGAUAACAUUAUCUAUUGCUUUGUUCUCAUAGAUAGACUACUUUUUUGAGAUAUGUGUAUCUGAUUUGUUUAUUCUGAUAUAAUGUUAUCUGUUUGCAGACUGAACUGGUUUUUGAAGUUGAAAUGUAUUCUUCUAUUCUUCUAUUGUGCAAAUAUGGAUCCUAUAGUCUUGUUGUUAAGGUGACAGAAGGUUAUCAAUUUGAGGAUCUUAUUGGAAGUAUUUCUAACAAGUGGAAUGGUUUGGUAUCAAUGAGGUUGUUGUAUUCUGUUUGUGAUCAUCGUAAUAUACUCCUUGAGAAUGAUGAUGAUUUUUGUAAUAUGAUGGAUUUAGCUGCUGCAUAUGGUGCUCGUUGUGUCGAGGUAUCAGUUGAAGAUGGUAAUUGUAGAGUUAGUAGCCGUUUUGAAAUCGGUGAAAGCAGUAGUAGCAAUGGAAAUGGUGGAGUAACUAGUAGUUCACAUUCUGAAAUUGUUGAGGAUCCUCUUGAAAAGUUUUGUCCUCAUCAUAAGACAAAAAGACUUUCUGCUGAUUGGGCGUAUUUGAUUAGUCAUGUUGGUCAAGAAUUUAGAGGUGGUGUUAAGGAUUUUAGGUUAUCUUUGUGUAAGUAUGCAAUUGAAGUUGGAUUUAGGUUCAAGUAUUUGAAGAAUGACCAAUCAAGAGUGACAGCUGAGUGUGCUUUUAAGGUAGAUGGGUGUAAAUGGUUUGUUCAUACAAUUCUAGACAAAUCAAAUCAAUUUUUUUGCAUUAAGGAGCUUGAAAAAGAACACAGAUGUGGUGCUACAAUUUGUAAUUCAAAAAAUUCUCGGAUGUCUUCAAAGCUUGUUGCAGAAGAAGUUCUUGAUGAAGUUCGUUCAAAGGCGUCGUAUAAGCCUAUAGAUGCUGUUAGAUUCUUCAGACAACGAUACGGUACUACAAUCGGUUAUCACCAUGCAUGGUUAGGUGUUGAGAUGGCGAACAAUGAUACUCAAGGUGAUUAUGCAUUGUCAUUUAACAAACUUCGAUUGUAUGCGGAGGUAGCGAAGGAGAAAAAUCCCGGUAGUGUUGUGGACGUUGAAUGCUGUGAAGAUAAUCGGUUUCGAAGGUUAUUUGUGGCAUUCGAUGCAUGCAUCAAAGGAUUCAACUACUGUCGGCCUUUUUUGUGUCUUGAUGGUACUUUUUUGACAGGGAGAUAUAAGGGAACUGUGCUCGCAGCCGUUGGGAAGGAUGCUGAUAACGGCUUGUUUCCGGUUGCUUAUGGUGUUGUUGAUUCCGAGACCGACGAUAAUUGGCUUUGGUUUUUGUUGAAGUUGAGAUCUAUUCUGUCAGCUCGUGAACUUACUUUCAUAACAGAUCGCCAUACUGGUCUUGUGAAGCAUGUGCCAGAGGUUUUCUCAAACGGAUAUCAUUCUUAUUGUCUGCAGCAUUUGAAGAAUAACUUGAGGGAUAGGAUGUCAGGAAGAGCACCUAAUGGUUUCCGGGAACGAGUAGUGAGUCUCUUCAAUGAUUAUGCUCUUGCACCUACAGUAUUAGAUUUUAAAAACUGUGUAAACGAAUUGUUUGAGGUCGGUGGAGACAGAGCGAAGGAGUUUGUUGCUUCCAUUCCGGUGUAUAAUUGGGCAAAUGCAUAUUUCCCAAGUAAACGAUAUGGGGAAAUGACCUCAAAUGCUGUGGAGUCUUUCAACAACUGGAUUGUUGAAGCUCGUAAGUUGCCAGUCCUUAAAUGUGUUGAUACGAUCAGGGUUCAAAUCAUGACUCAAAUGUGUGAAAGGAAACAGUUAUCAAGAAAAUUGAACAGUGUUUUGUGUCCUGAAUAUGAUGCGAAAUUGAGAGAGUUCUUUAAUAAAGGACGGACAUGGACUGUGUUUGGAUCAAGUGAUGAGGUUUUUGAAGUGUCUUCAUUACCAGCUGUUGUGGUUGACAUAAGAAACAGGACAUGCACAUGUUGUCGUUGGCAGCUCUAUGGUUUCCCUUGUGUGCAUGCAUUCACAGCUCUUCAGAAGAAUGGCAUAGAUGUAUCCAAUUAUAUUGAUCCAUUAUACACUGCUGAUGCUUUUCGAUUCUGCUACGAUUGUCCUAUACAUCCUGUUCCUAUUUCUACUCUUGGAGUUGCACCAGUGUCUGAAAAUUCUGCUAUUAUUCUUCCUUUUAUUCUUCCUCCUAAGACUAGGAGGCCACGUGGUAGACCCAAUGUUGCAAGAAUCCGAUCAAGGGGUGAGAAGAUUUUUCUCUCUGAGAUAGCAUUAUCUCUAGCUGUAUUCUGGUAG